GCCAGACGUAAACGGCGUGCCCUGUACAGUGUUCAGUGUAAACAAAUAACUCCAUAGAAGCUGAAACAGUAAACUAAAGGUUUGUUUUGUACUGGCGGUUCAUCAUCACUGACAGAGCUGCUCUUUCCUCCUGUAUAAGGUGUCGGCACUGUGAUGAAUCAGGGUGAGGACAGAGAGGAGGGAGUCCCUCCCUCUAAAACCACUCUGUGUGGGGAACAUGGCAGCCGGACCAAAGCUCAGAGCCCAGAACAGGUGCAAAGACCAGACUCUCCUGUACCCAGUUGUGUGUCUAUGAAGAGUGAUCGGUCCAUGAUACAUUCUGUUGAUUUUAAAGGACAUUCUUCUGAAUCAGACCCAGAACAGGUGCAGAGAACACACUCUCCUGUACCCAGCUGUGUGUCCAUGAAGAGUGAUCGGUCCAUGAUACGUUCUGUUGAUUUUAAAGGACAACACUCUUCUGAAUCAAAAAGAGUUCAGGAGAGCUCAGAAGUUCCUGGUGGUCAUUCUGCUCAGCAGCAACAAACUGACCUGGAAUCUAUAUUCAUGCUGCUUGAGGAGAAGAUUGUCAGUUUUGUGAGGGAUGAGUUAAAGAGGUUCCAGAGGACUCUGAGUCUAGAUUACUCUGAACCAUUCAAGAGACAAAUGGUGGAUGAGGAGGUGGACAGUGAGCAGGAGGAGCAGAGGAGUAGCAGAGAAGCAUUUCUGAAGGUCACACUUAAUUUCUUGAGGAGAAUAAAGCAGGUGGAGCUGGCAGACCUACUGCAGAGCAGAACUCCUUCUGGACUGUGCCAACGUAAACUCAGGUCAAAUUUGCAGAAGAAGUUUCAGUGUGUGUUUGAAGGGAUUGCAAAAGCAGGAAACCCAACCCUUCUGAAUCAGAUCUACACAGAGCUCUACAUCACAGAGGGAGGGACUGCAGAGGUCAAUGAUGAACAUGAGGUCAGACAGAUUGAAACAGCAUCCAGGAAACCAGACAGACCAGAAACAACAAUCAGACAAGAAGACAUCUUUAAACCCUCACCUGGAAGAGAUGAACCAAUCAGAACAGUGAUGACGAAGGGAGUAGCUGGCAUCGGGAAAACAGUCUUGAUGCAGAAGUUCACACUGGACUGGGCUGAAGGCAAAGCCAACCAUUGA